GUUGGCUGUGAUCAGCUUUUGAUUCAUCCGAGCUCCACUCUCACCAACUCUCCUCUCCCUCUCUCUCUUCACACAAACAACCAUGUCGUCUCAAGAACAAUACAUCCGAACGGAGUACCCCGUUAUCGAUUCGGACCCACACUUUUCUCGCGUUGUCCGUUACAUGCGUGGAUCGGAUUAUGUAGCCUGGGGUGCCUUGACCGCCGGAGGACCUGCCGUGCUGUUGGCCCUUGAGCGUAUCCGCCCGGGUGCGGGACCCAAGGGUAUCAACUUUGCCCUGGGAUGUGCCACGGCCCUGGGUUUCAUGGGCGGUUUCUUGUACUCGUACCAAAAGUCAAGUCUCCGCUUCUGGGGCUGGGAUGAGAACGCGCGCGAGCAGGGGAUGAACCGCACAGAGAUGCAGGCCCGUGCCGACAAGGGUCUCCCCGCCUACGGCGAGGCUACCAUGGACGAGGCCGCCCAGGCUGCCGCCGCACGAAACUCCAAAUACGCCGCCCUCAAAUUCUCUGCAAUUCCUUGGUUUAACACCACGAACCACAAAUUCCACUUGUCGGAGAAUACCACCAAUGCUGCUGCUGUCCAGAGCGACAAGUAGGAGUAUUCAGUCGAGUCUUCUUUUUUUUUAUUAUUUUGUCUGCAGGAUGGAAAUUUGCAAGAUCAAGGAUAUACCGAAAAAUAUCCAGAUGAUGGCGCUUUUAUGAUGAUGGACUCUAGGAACGAGAUGAAAUAAAGGGAUCGAUUCAGCAUGGAAUUUCUUCCCCUUCUUCCCUUCCCCAUCGUGCUGGAUCGUAAUAAAGAAAAAAAAAAAGAACACAUGACCAGAUAGGCACAGCGUAAAUACUCACAUUAAACACUCAGAAACUGUCGCCGAUCUGA